AGUCUACUCACUAUCCUAUGUCGGAGGUGCCUUUCCCAGCAGUCACAAUAUGUGACCCCGACGUGGUAUACGGGCCCAGUACUGAAAAUAUUACGAAGAUCUUAUCGUCUCGAGGGUACAACUCAUCACAAAUCAGCGACUUCUACCUGAGUUUCACAGCGAUCAACGAUAUCGGAUACAGCCCUCCGAUGUACUUGAAAAAAAUGCACGGAAUGCUCGAAGGGCUGAAUUUACCUCUUAAUGCACUUUUGAAUUUGCUGAAGAAGCCUUGUGACGUGAUGCUGGUGAGCUGCACCUGGCGGUCCAAGGUUCACAACUGCUCCACUAUGUUCAGAGAGGUUUUCAUCUUGUCUAGCUACUGUUGCCAGUUCGACAUGACACAUUUCCAGAGAAAUGCUCAAAGCAAUACCAACUUUAUUUCUGGGAUGUCGCCGAACGAAGCUCUGGAAGUGGUCGUCAACGGAAGAAAGUAUUUACCCAAUGGCACCACUGAGGAGGGUCAUCUUUUGGUUUACGUCCUCGACGAGCAAGAUACCAUAACUUUCCUGGACCACUCCUUGACAAUCACUCCGGCUACAUUAUUCGAUAUCAAUGUUGAUGUCUGGAUGAUCGAUUCUUCGGAAUACGUUAAAGCGUUGAAUGUGAAGAGCAGGGGGUGUAUUUUGAAAACGGAUCCCACUUACGGCACUGGCUUCUACCACGGCUGUAUGGCUGCUACCGUUAUGAAACAUGUCAGCGAAAUUUGUCGAUGUAUACCUUACAACUUUAAGUGGAGCGACCUCAACGUCGACAUCCGCAAACAAUGCUCGUGGGAACGCCUCGCGUGUAUUUACGAAACUACCGAUAGGGUGCUUGGCAACAUGAAAGGUAUAAUAGCCGAAAGUGAUUGUUACCAGCGCUGUGACUACGUGCAGUAUGACACCGACGCUAAGUACAUACGGCAGCAGAGAAGAUUUCAUGACCUAUCAAAUGGCUACUCGAAGAUAAGCGUCCACUUCAAUGACGACAUAUGUCUCAAGUACCGGCGCGAAGUGCUCUACACUUGGGACCAGGUGUUAGCAAAUUUGGGAGGGAUUUUCGGUUUAUGCCUUGGUGGUUCCGUGAUAAGUCUGAUAGAACUGGUGUGGUUCAUAUUCGACAUAUUGAUCAACACAAUAAACAACUAUUUCAGAGGGAAAGGCGAUGCGCGGUCCAUAGUCUAUCAGAACUCAAUGAUGAUAUCUACAAUCGACAAAUAUAAUGUUGGCAAACUUAAGUUCAGUAAUUAAUUAGUCGGGUAAAUACCCACUAAUUAAUUACUUAAAGACAAAAAUUACUCAUUAAGUAAUAACUUACUAUUUCGAAUUAAAAUCGUAAUAAUAUUUAUUGUUUGAGAUUUUACAACUAAUUAAAACUAAGCUACUCCGUGAGCUAGCUAAGUUUACGGUGGACGUAUCCCCGGUUCAGGAAAACGAUUACGUCCACUGAAAAAUAAGCUAAAACUACGUUGGGUCAUACGGACCGGUUUGUACAAGUUCGACUUAACUGGGCUAUUUUAAGUAGCUUAGCUAACAUAGUUCGCAUGCAUGAAAAACAGGCUUAAAUACGUAUAGCUAAGCUAAACAUAGCUGACGGUGGACGAUAGUAUAUGCCCUAUUACUAGAAAGUUGUUAUGUAACUUUUAUGUAAGAAAUUGCUAGCUACAAAAAUGUGUAUGAAGAAAAUAUCUUAAACCUAAUAUUUAACUUGUAUAGGUAAAAGC